AUAAAUUUGCAAGCGAAAAUCUCCCAUCCUCUUCUUCUUCUUCCCUGUUCGUUCUCCUCUUUUUCUUCUUCUUCCUUCUUCUUCCUUCUUCUUCUCUGUUUCCUUAGCUCCAUCGCCAAAUACGAAAUCCUUCUUUAUUUGUAACGUUUGCCAAUGCCUGCCCAUAAACGUUCUUGGUCCGACAGUGUUCAUGGAGAAGACCCCAGAGACCAACAAUUCAGCCAUCAAGAUGCGAAGCAAUCUCGAACCGAACGUGAGACCAAUACUGAAAUAGAAGAAGAAGAGGAGGAGGAGGAGCAACGGGAGGAACAGCUCAAGGAAGGACAACGAGGAGAUGAAGGGCGUGAAGAAGAUGAAGGUGAGGAAGAAAAGCAACGGCAGCAAUUGGAAGAAGCGACCGGAGAUAGAGAUUCCGAAGGAAGCCAAUCCUCUAGCUCUGAAGAGAAACCGGAAUUUAUUUUUGUGGAGCUGUUAGGCAUUCGGAAAGAUGUUCAGUGCCCAAUUUGUCUUGGGAUUAUUAAGAAAACACGAACUGUAAUGGAAUGCUUGCACCGGUUCUGUAGAGAAUGCAUUGACAAGUCAAUGCGGCUGGGGAACAAUGAAUGUCCAGCUUGUCGUACACAUUGUGCCAGUAGACGUUCUUUGAGAGAUGAUCCAAAUUAUGAUGCACUGAUUGCCGCCCUAUAUCCAGAUAUUGAUAAAUAUGAGGAGGAGGAAUUAACAUUUCAUGAAGAAGACAGGAACCGUAAUAAACAGAUUCAGGAAUCAAUUGCUCAGAUCUUUCAAAGACAAUCAGAAGCACUAAGUAAGAAACGCAUGUUGGGAAAGGAUACAGCUGGUGUGAUUCUAACAAGAUCACGUCGCAAUCAUAGGAACGUUCAUUUAAGGAGACAAAAUGGCCGAGGAGAGGAAGUAUCGGGAUAUGAAGAUAAUGAAGAUGAUGAUGAUAUCAAUGAGGGCAAAGAUUCAUCUUCAGCUGAUGAAAGAUUUACAGAAGUUAGGCAAAGGAGGAAGAAGAGACAUCCUACCCUUCGUUCUUCUCAGCCUUCUUCAUCAAUAGCCAACAUAGAUAGUGGAGAUGGAUGUGCUGAAAGUGAUUUAGAUAUGAGCAGAGAGAAUCGAACAGUUUCUCCAGGUCUUGUCUUGAACACUGAAAUGCUUGGUUGGGGACGUGGUGGUGUACGUAGUAACUCCAGGCAUGGUAGUGCUGGUGGGUCCGGCAAUAAAAGUUCUAGAAGUAGUCGUUUAAUGAAACUAGUCAAAUAUCUGCGAGGCCUAGAAGAAAAUAACAAUGAGUUGGAUGUCCAUCUCCUUCUUAUUUCAGUGGAUAAAGAAAGCACUCCAAGUUUGCAGCAGCCACAUCUCCACUGCCGUCCAAGUUUGACUGUCAAACACUUGUGUGAACAGUAUGUCUCGCGGAAGACAUCUCUGCAAGCUGAUGAUGUUGAAAUACUGUCACUGAAAGGUCGCCCUAGGACUAGUAAUGAGCAAUCAACCCGAAGUGCUUCAAUCUCAAUUGAUGGCAUGUCUCUUGUUUUUGAUCCAUUCAAGUAUGAGCUACAAAGUUUGGAAGGUGAAAAAAAUUUGGCAGGACUUCAAUCAGAUUGCACCUAUAGUAGGGACCACUUGAUUCUAGGAUAUCGUCGGAGGGGGCAGAGUUAACAAGUAACACCUAAUAUCUAUACGCAUAUCUUAUUUUAACUUGUUAUUCAAUUUUCCAUACCUUUUUGCUUUUAGUGAUAGGAACAUUUUUAGUAUACCUGCUGAUACAAUAUGAGGGAACUUGUAAAUAUGAAUCCUGAAGGUUUCUUUUUAUUACAGCAUAACAGUAGCUACAUUUUUUUAAUUCUGGUUGUUGUACAAUAUCUUGGCGGUGUCCAAGGUUCGAUUCUCAUUGAGUGAAAUUCAUAAAGUCAAAUUGUACCUGCCCAGGAA